UGGGAAUCGCUAUAUAUAUACAUAACCAAAACCAAAAACAACACGAAGAAAACAAUUACUAUAGUCCAUAAUUCACUACAACCAUGCAAACACUUGAAUCUCCUCCUGCUUACUUGCAAGAAGAAGAACUCUCUCCAGAUUUUAGAGACUUUAUAGUCUCUCUACCAACUGAAAAGGGCUGGCUAGGAACUGAUAUCCUUCAAUACCAGGGGUUUUGGUAUCCAUCAACUAGGAGAUUAACUUGUCAAAACCAUUUUCAAGCUCAAGAAAGUGAUAUAUUCCUUGUUACCACUCCUAAAUCAGGCACAACUUGGUUAAAAGCACUAACCUUUGCUUUGAUGAACCGAGUUCGUUUUCCUAAUCCUAAAGAAAACCACCCUUUGCUUACUAAUAUUCCUCAUGUUCUUUUCCUUCUUGAACAUGGCCUAAAGACAAAGGGUGAAAAAUUUCACUUGAAGAUGCUUUUGAUUAAGUUUUGUAGAGGUUCUGAGUUUUUAUGGGCCCAUUUUGGGGAUCAUGUUGGGGGUUAUUGGAAGCAAAGUUUUUGGAAACCUAAAAGGGUUUUGUUUUUGAAAAUAUGA